AUGAAAGAACUUUCUGACUUUAUCCACUCGAGUGUCUGUGUUACCACGUACUGUGAUAACGUGUACCACGGCACCUUGCUGGCAGUUGAUCAGUAUUUGAACGUAGUCCUCCAAAGUGUCCUGAAAGACAACAACGAAAAGAAGGGAUUCAUUUUCAUCAAGGGGUCUAACAUCCUGCUUCUGAAUCUGCUCCAGUAG